AUGGAGUCAGUCUCCAAAGAUAGAGACAAAGCCUUUUACAGAACAGACCAAUCAGAGCAGAGGACCCUGGUCACAUGGCGUCAACAUGAGGUUAUAAAGAUAAGAAACAAGAGUCCAAUCCAGACCUGGAUCUGGAAAAGUCAACAGAACCAGUCCGACCCAAACACAGCAGCUGCACUUGGACUAGAGCAGUACCAGAAGCAGCUGAACAAGAUGUCACGUUUUCUCGACAUGAAAGAGUUUGGGGAAUCCGCUCGCUUCCUCAGACUCACAAACCUGGAGCAGCUGGCAGCCAAAGCCCAGGCCUUUGAUGGGACCAAGAGGGUGUGGAUGGCUGAUGAGGUGGAGGCCUAUACGGAGGUGGAGGUCCGGGAGUUAAAUGGAGACAAAAGCACAGUGGAGACCAAGGAUGGACGGUUUGUGAUUGUGAAAGAGGACGACCUGUACCCAAUGAACCCUCCGAAGUUUGACAUGAUGGAGGACAUGGCCAUGUUAACCCACCUCAAUGAGCCGUCAGUCCUGUUCAACCUGAAGAGGAGAUAUGCAAUGUGGAUGAUCUAUACAUACUCAGGUCUGUUCUGCGUCACAAUGAAUCCAUACAAGUGGCUUCCAGUUUACACUCAGGAGGUCAUCGCUGGCUACAAGGGCCGGCGGCGAGCGGAGACCCCGCCCCACAUCUACGCCAUCGCCGACAACGCUUACACCGACCUGCUCCAGAAUCGUGAGAAUCAGUCCAUGUUGAUCACCGGUGAGUCUGGGGCCGGGAAAACCGUCAACACCAAGAGGGUCAUCCAAUACUUUGCCAUCGUCGCAGCCCUCGGGGAAAACAUCAAGAAAGGAGGAUCUUUGGAGGACCAGAUCAUCGAGGCCAACCCUGCCAUGGAGGCCUUUGGAAACGCCAAAACAAUUCGUAACGACAACUCCUCACGCUUUGGGAAAUUCAUCCGCAUUCAUUUUGGGACGACCGGGAAACUUGCUUCAGCCGACAUCGACAUCUAUCUGUUGGAGAAGUCCAGAGUCGUGUUUCAGCAGCCAGGAGAGAGGAGCUACCACAUCUACUACCAAAUCCUCUCCAGUCAGAAGCCAGAGCUACAAGACAUGCUGCUUGUGACGACAAACCCCUACGACUACCACUUCUGCUCUCAGGGAGUCACCACUGUGGAAAGUAUCAACGAUGGGGAGGAGCUCAUGCUCACAGAUCAUGCCAUGGAUACUUUGGGAUUCACCGUGGAGGAGAAGUAUGGCUGUUAUAAGAUCGUUGGAGCCAUAAUGCACUUUGGAAAUAUGAAGUUCAAGAAGAAACAAAGAGAAGAGCAGGCCGAGGCUGACGGCACCGAGAGUGUGGACAAGGCAGCGUACUUGAUGGGCAUCAGCUCUGCAGAUCUACUGAAGGGCCUGCUGAACCCCAGAGUCAAAGUGGGGAAUGAAUACAUAGUUAAAGGACAAACAGUCGAGCAGGUGUACUACGCUGUGGCAGCUCUGGCCAAAGCGACUUAUGAUCGAAUGUUUAAGUGGCUUGUCAGUCGGAUCAACACAUCUCUCUACACUGCUCUGCCAAGACAAUACUUCAUCGGAGUCCUGGAUAUCGCUGGCUUUGAGAUUUUCGAGUUUAAUAACUUUGAGCAGCUGUGCAUUAACUUCACAAACGAGAAGCUGCAGCAGUAUUUCAACCACCACAUGUUUAUCCUGGAGCAAGAAGAGUACAAGACUGAGGGAAUCGAAUGGACAUUUAUAGACUUUGGACUGGACCUUCAGGCCUGCAUUGACCUCAUUGAGAAGCCCAUGGGGAUCCUGUCCAUCAUGGAGGAAGAGUGCAUGUUUCCAAAGGCCACAGACCAGAGUUUUAAAACCAAACUCUACGACAAUCAUCUGGGAAAGUCUCCAAACUUCCUCCGACCUCGCCACGACAAGAAACGCAAAUACGAGACACACUUUGAGCUCAAUCAUUAUGCUGGAGUGGUCCCCUACAACAUCACGGGCUGGCUGGAUAAGAACCGCGACCCUCUCAAUGAGACAGUGGUGACGCUUUUCCAGAAGUCUUCAAACAAGUUGAUGGCCGGGUUGUUUGAUUUCUACAUCAAUGCUGAUAUGGCUUCCAACACCAAAGGGGAAGUCCGGCCCAGGAAGAGGAAGGGAGCAUCUUUCCAGACUGUGUCACAGCUCCAUAAAGAAAACCUGAACAAACUGAUGGCCAACCUGCGCAGCACUCAGCCACACUUUGUCCGCUGCAUCAUCCCCAACGAGUCUAAAGUCCCAGGUGUGAUGGAGCCAUUCUUGGUUCUGCAGCAGCUCAGGUGUAAUGGUGUUUUAGAAGGAAUUCGAAUCUGCAGAAAAGGAUUUCCAAACAGAAUCUUGUACGCAGAGUUUAAGCAGAGAUACCGGAUCCUAAACCCGGCUGCAGUCCCUGAAGACUCGUUUGUGGACAGUAGAAAGGCUGUGGAGAAACUUCUGUCGUCUCUGGACAUCGACCACACACAGUACAAGUUUGGACAGACCAAGGUGUUCUUUAAGGCGGGGCUCCUGGGGCAGCUGGAGGACAUGAGGGACACUCGUCUGUCUCAGAUUCUCACCACGGUUCAAGCCAUGUGUCGCGGGAAACUCAUGAGGAUGGAACGUGACAAAAUGAUUCUUUACAGGGACGCGGUGGUGGUGAUCCAGUUCAACCUUCGGGCCUUCUUCUCGGUGCGGACCUGGCCUUGGAUGAUGCUGUUCUAUAAAAUCAAGCCCUUGCUUCGAAGUGCGCAGGUGGAAAAAGAACUGGCCACUCUCAAUGAAGACUUCAGCAAACUCAAAGAAGCCUAUGAGAAGGCGGAGGGAAAGCGGCAGGACGCCGAGGAGCGGCAGGUGGUUCUGGUUCAGGAGAAGAACGACCUGGCUCUGCAACUGCAAGCCGAGCAAGAUAAUCUAGCAGACGCUGAGGACCGCUGCAACCAGCUGAUCCAGUCCAAGAUCCACCUGGACCAGCGCCUGAAGGACAUGCAGGAGCGACUGGAGGACGAGGAAGAAGUCAGCAUCACACUCACAACCAAGAAGCGGGUUCUGGAAGAGGAGGUGGUGACGCUGAAGAAAGACGUGGACCAGCUGGAGCACACCUUGUCCAGAGUGGAGCGAGACCGGCACGGGGUGGAGAACAAGCUGAAGAACCUGUCUCAGGAGAUGUCGGUUCUGGAUGAGUCCAUUCUUGUUCUGGGCCGAGAGAAGGCUGCGCUACAGGAGGCGCAUCAGCAGGCUCUUCAGGACCUAAACACUCAGGAAGACAAGGUCACAGCUCUGUGCAAAACCAAGUCCAGACUGGAACAACAAGUGGACCAUGUGGAGAGCAGCCUGGAGCAGGAGAAGAAAGCGAGGGUGGAGCUGGAGAGGACUCGCCGCAAAAUGGAGGCAGAUCUGAAACUGUCCCAGGAGUCAGUCCGAGACCUGGAGACCCACAAGGACAAUCUGGAAGAUCGCCUCAAAAAGAAGGACAGUGAGCUGACUCUGCUUCAAUCCAAACUUGAAGAUGAGCAGGGCAUCGUGGCUCAGCUGCAGAAGAAAAUCAAAGAGCUCGAGACACGUAUUGAGGAGCUGGAGGAGGCGCUUGAUGCUGAAAGAGCCUGGAGAAUGAAGGCAGAGCGACAGAGGAACGACAUCGCACGAGAGUUGGAGGAGCUGGGGGAGAAGUUAGAGGAAGCAGGAGGAGCUUCAGCCGCUCAGAUCGCCCUGAACCGAAAGCGAGAGGCAGAUUUCCUUAAGAUGCGGCGGGAGCUGGAGGAAGCGGGACUUCACCAUGAAACCACUGCAGCCACUCUCCGGAAGAAACACUCGGACACUGUGACCGAGAUGAGCGAGCAAAUAGACAACCUGCAGAGAGCCAAACAAAAACUGGAGAAGGAGAAGGUGGAGACAAGGCUUCAUGCUGAUGACCUGGCCUCCACUGUAGAGACCCUCACCAGAUCUAAGGGAGCAACAGAGAAGUUGUGUCGGUCUUAUGAGGACCAGCUGACAGAGAGUCGGAAUCGAGUGGACGACCUCCAGAGACAAUUAACAGAAGUGUCUGCGCACAAGGCCCGUGCCGUCACAGAAACCGCCGAGUACAGUCGACGCCUGGAAGAACGAGAUGCUCUGGUUGGUCAGCUCCAGCGUUCAAAGGCGGGACUAACUCAGAACUCUGAUGAUUUAAAGAGACAGCUGGAAGAAGAGAGCAAAGCUCGUGUGGCUCUCGCUCACGCUGUCCAGUCCUCGCGGCACAACUGCAGUCUCCUCCGGGAGCAGCUGGAGGAGGAGCAGGAGGCCCGGGCCGAGCUCCAGAGGGCGAUGUCUAAGGCAAACAGCCAGGUGGCUCAGUGGAGAACCAAGUAUGAGACUGAGGCAGUGCUGAGGAUCGAGGAGCUAGAAGAGGCCAAGAAGAAGCUGGUGUUGAAGCUGCAGUCUCUGGAGGAAGCUGUGGAGUCUUCUCAGGCCAAAUGCUGCUCUUUAGAUAAAAGCAAGCUCAGACUGCAGACCGAGAUUGAGGACGUAGUCAUGGAACUAGAGAAAUCUAACGCCAACGCUUUAGCCCUGGACAAAAAGAGCAGAAACUUUGAGAAGUUACUGACAGAGGCAAAGCAACGUUUCGACGAGAGUCAGAGUGAGCUGGAGGUCUCUCAGAAGGAGUCCCGCAGUCUCAGCACUGAACUAUUCAAGCUGAAGACCUGCUACGAAGAGGCGCUGGAACAACUGGAGACAGUCAAACGGGAAAACAAAAACCUUCAGGAGGAGAUUAUGGACCUCACAGAUCACCUGAGCAGUGAGGGGAAGACCAUUAUGGAGCUGGAGAGGAUGAAGAAGGUUCUAGAUAUGGAGAAGAGUGAUAUCAAGACUGCCCUGGAAGACGCAGAGGGAACUCUGGAGCAUGAGGAGACAAAGACAAUCAGAGUCCAGAUGGAGCUGCACCAAGUGAGGUCAGAGAUCGAACGCAAGAUUUCAGAAAAGGACGAGGAGAUUGACAACCUGCGGAGGAGCCAGCAGAAGGCCCUGGAGACCCUGCAGUCCAGUCUGGAAGCUGAGUGCCGAAGUCGCAGUGAAGCGCAAAGACAGAAGAAGAAACUGGAGUCAGAGCUCAACGAGAUGGAGGUCCAAAUGAGUCACGCUCACCGACAGGCCGCAGAGAGCCAGAGGGUCAUCCGGGAGCUGCAGACUCAGGUGAAGGAGCAGCAGCUUGACUUGGAGGAGAAGCUUCAGGCCUCAAAUCAGCUGAAGGAGCAAAUCGCGCUGCUGGAACGCCGCUGUUCUCUGAUGACUGCAGAGAAGGAGGAGCUGAAGGGAGUGCUGGACCUGACUGACCGAUCCAGGAGGAGCGCCGAGCAUGAGCUGGUGGAGGUGUCUGAACGGGUCAACCUGCUGAGCUCUCAGAACACAAGCCUGGUGAACCAUAAGCGGAAACUUGAGACUGAUGUUUCUCAGCUCUGUGGAGAAGUGGAUGAGGUUCUGACCGAGUCCAAGAAUACAGAAGAAAAGGCCAAAAAGGCAAUCACAGAUGCAGCACUGAUGGCCGAAGAGCUGAAGAAGGAGCAGGACAGCAGUGUUCUCCUGGAGCGAUUAAAGAAGAACAUGGAGGUGACGGUGAAAGAGUUGCAGCUCAAAUUGGACGAGACCGAGCAGAUGGCUCUGAAAGGAGGCAAGAAACAACUGUUCAAGCUGGAAAACCGCGUGCGAGAACUGCAAACAGAGCUCAUGGUGGAACAGAAGAAGAGUGAGGAGUACCACAAAGGAGUGAGACGCUACGAGAAGCGGCUUAAAGAACUGAACUCUCAGUCUGAAGAAGAUCGGAAGACUCUGCUGAGGAUGCAGGAGCUGGUGGACAAACUUCAAUCUAAAGUGAAGAGCUUCAAGAGACAAGCGGAUCACUCUGAGGAGCAGAUCAGCUCCAACGUGGUACGCUACCGGAAGAUCCAGCACGAAUUAGACGAUGCAGAAGAGCGAGCGGAGAUUGCAGAAACUACUGUGAACAAACUGCGAAUCAGAACCAGAGAGCAGACCGUCAAAGCCACAGCACAGAUUGCCGAGUGA